AUGUCUAGCAUCAAAACCGUCAAAGUUCCACAUCUAGGCGGCAUUGAAGCCGCCUACCAAAUGCCCAAUUCCUACGACUCCUCCAAACCAACUCUAGUCCUCGUCAACAGUUUCACUACAGACUCCUACCUCUACCAAUCCCAAUUUACCAACAAAAGGCUCACGGACCUCUACAACCUGCUCGCCAUCGAACUCCUCGGCCAUGGCCAAACGCGAUGUAAAUCCGAGCAUUUCACAUACUGGGACACCGCAAUCAUGAACCUCCAAGUCCUCGAUGCAUUGAAAAUCACCGGCAAAAUCUUCGUCUUGGGAACCAGUCAAGGAGGCUGGAUUACCGUGAGAAUGGCAUUACUCGCUCCAGAAAAGAUAGCAGGAAUCCUCCCCCUAGGAACCUCCAUGAACGCCGAAACCCCCCACACAAUCUCCCUAGGCUGCUGGGACGGCCCCGCACUCCUAGCAUCCAACAUCUCCGCCUGGACAACCCUCACCCCAACCCCGGAUUUUGAACCCACAGACACCUACUGCGAAUUCCUCAUCUCCAGCGGUUUCGGCCCCGACUGUCCAGCCCCCGAUCGUGAUUUCUGGACUCAAGCUCUCAAAGCCAACUAUCGCGGCGACGCAGGCAGGAAGAGAAUCCGCAUGGCGGCUAUUAAUCUCGCCGAGAGGGAUGGAUUACAUUCGCGAUUAAUGGAUGUGCGAUGUCCGGUUUUUUGGUUGCAUGGGACCAGGGAUGCGGUGUAUAGUGUUAGGAAUGCGCAGGAGGAGAUUAAAUUGUUUGGGAAUAGUUAUGAGGCUAAGUUGAAGGUUGUGGAUGGUGGGCAGCACUUUUUGAGUUUUAGUCAUCCGGGAGAGGUUGAGGAGGCUUUGGUGGAGAUGGUGGAGAAGUACGGGAAGUAG